GCUUUCUCCAUUGCCUCCCAAAACAACUUUGGUAUUUUUGUUGUAGAUUUAGUGGUUGUAGAGUUGUGGCUUUCAACGCUUGGAGGAGUCGCCCAUUCAUAACAAUUUAUUUGGCUCCCAGAAUGAGUCGAGUGGAGGAAAUGAGUCAGAAGUAAUUUCGGCCAGCCUCCAAUAAUAAUAAUUUAAGGAAAGAACCGACUGAACCCUUUGAUUAACGUUAGACACUGAACUGAGCAAAGAAAUAGUGAAAUGGACGGAAGGAAGGGGUCACCGUUACUUUUAAAUACUGGGAGCGCUUUGCAGAAGUAGUCAUACUUGGUGGCUGCGGUCCUUUUGCUGAUCUUUAAUUAGCACCAAACAGACAAUGGAAGUUAAGUGACUUAACUUAAGUAGAUGUGAAGUGCGCGGCAAGACGCCGGAUGAAGAACUGAUUGCAAAACAUGAGCUGGAGCUUCCUGACCCGACUUUUAGAAGAAAUUCAUAACCAUUCAACAUUUGUUGGAAAGAUCUGGCUGACAGUUUUAAUAGUCUUCAGAAUAGUUCUGACUGCAGUAGGUGGGGAAUCAAUAUACUAUGAUGAGCAAAGUAAAUUUGUUUGUAACACACAGCAACCUGGUUGUGAGAAUGUUUGUUACGAUCGCUUUGCUCCACUCUCUCAUGUACGGUUUUGGGUAUUUCAGAUCAUUCUGAUAACUUCACCAUCUCUAAUGUACUUAGGGUAUGCCAUUCACAAAAUUGCAAGGUUGGAAGAUGAAAGCUGUAAAGAUAAAAAGACAAAGAAUAAAAUGUUUUCAAUGCAUUGGCGACAGCACCGGGCAUUAGAGGAAACAGAAGAGGACGAUGUUGAAGAUCCCAUGUUGUACCCUGAGUUGGGACUAGAAAAUGAGAAUGAUAGCCAUGAGGCAGCUAAUUCUAGAAUAAGACAUGAUGGGAGAAGGCGCAUUCAGGAAGAUGGACUUAUGAAAAUGUAUGUGCUGCAACUUAUUGCCAGAACUGUUUUUGAGACAGGAUUUCUUCUUGGUCAGUACUUCUUGUAUGGGUUUAAGGUUAUUCCAUCUUACAUUUGUGGGAGGAAGCCUUGCCCUCAUCAGGUAGAUUGUUUUGUGUCAAGGCCCACUGAAAAGACCAUUUUCUUACUUUUAAUGUAUGGUGUGAGCUGCCUUUGCCUGAUUUUGAAUGUGUGGGAGAUGUUUCAUUUAGGGCUUGGAACUAUUAAAGACAUACUUAACCGCAAAAGGAACACGCUGGAGCGUUCACCAGCUUACAAUUACCCAUUUAUGUGGCCUACUCCAUCAGCUCCCCCAGGUUAUAACAUUGCAGUAAAGCCUGAGCAGAUUCCAUUUACUGAAUUAUCAAAUGCCAAAAUGGCAUAUAAACAAAAUAAGGCAAACAUUGCCCAGGAACAGCAGUAUGGGAGCAAUGAUGAGAACAUUCCCACAGAUUUGGAGAACUUGCAGAAGCAAAUUAGAAAGGCUCAGGAGCACCUUGAUUUAGCUAUUCAGGUUUACAACAACCAGCACAAUCCCAGCAGUUCAAGAGAGAAAAAGUCAAAAGCUAGCUCAAGUAAGAGUAGUACAAGCAGCAAAUCAGGAGACAGAAAUGCAUGUGUUUGGAUUUGAAAAUCAACCAAAAAUGGCAUGUUAAUUUCUUUAUGGAAAUGUUAUUUCUUUAAAGACUUUUUUUACUAAUAAAAAUGUUCUUACUUAAUGAAAAA